AUGCUGGUACCCAUUUUGUUCCUUAUAUACGUGGACGAUGCCGCAAGAGCUUUGGAAUGCGAAGUAGCAAUGUUUGCCGAUGACAUGAAGAUAUGGAGUGUAAUUCGGGUUCCUGCCGAUGAAGACAGACUGCAGAUGAACCUGAAUCGGUUGGAGGAGUGGUCAAACCGUUGGCUCCUGCGGUUCAACGUUGCCAAAUGUAGCAUACUUCGCCUAGGCAACACAGCCAGGUCGGCCAGCACAAGAGACUACUUUCUGGGCGGUGCAGCCCUACAAGAAGUCGAAGCCCAAAGGGACCUCGGUGUGCUUACGACGAGUUCCCGAAAACCAUCCGCCCACUGUUCGAGGGUGGCAAAAAGCGCAAUGUCCGUACUGUACGCCAUCAAGCGUGCGUUUAUGGACUUUGACGAAGAAGCUUUCUCUAAGACAUUCGGAACAUUCGUCCGGCCGCAUUUAGAGUACGGCAUACAAGCUUGGAGGCCGUGGGCUGUUGUGGAUCAAAACUGCCUCGAAAGAGUCCAGAGGAGAGCCACGAAGAUGGUCAGGGGUCAAAGCUCCUUUCCUUAUGCGACCCGCCUAGUAAAUCUGAACCUCCUUCCUUUGAGUUACAGGCAACUUCGCGGAGAUCUCCUGCAAGCCUUCCGCAUUGUAAAAGGGUUGGAUUGUAGUCUGGCCUUCGAAUACUUUUUUGAAUUUGCUACCACUACGAACCUCCAAGGUCACCCGUUCAAACUGCGCACCCGGCAGGCACGGCUGGAUGUGCGGAAGUUCUCCUUCUCUGUUCGAGUGGUCAAACCAUGGAAUGAGCUUCCCGCAGAUGUUGUGAUGUCACCAUCUAUACAAAAUUUUAAGAAGAAUCUGGACAUAUUUAUGCUCCGAAAUGACCAAGAGCGAUGAGAAGUCGAGCUCACCCCCUGUAACUCCUUCUCAUUUUGUCCCACCAUUAUGGGCGUGUUCGAAUUAUUUCAGCCCAGAACAUCUAUCUGUACACCACACAUUUUUUACGUUGCAAAUAGGGUACUUAAAGGCUUACGCCUAUUUCCCUCAAUAAACUGAACUGAACUGAACUUAUACAUUCGUGCGACCUAAACAUCCGCAUGGCCUUCACCGAAAUACUUCACUCAAGCAGCGAAAAUAAGCCCGUCUGAGUGACCUUCAAUUCACAGACCGAAGCCGAACAUCACAUUCAAACCAAAAUGUCUUAUUAAGUACACCAGAUUAACGAAAACGCCAUAACUACGUGGACCUAAGGAAUAUGAGUUUUCUAAACUCUCAUAAGAAGGGAAUAUGCUUCUAUAUUUGCCUUUCAAUCCCGCAAAAUCCCCCUGAGUGGCAAACAGAUAGACCAAAUCACUCUAACAUUUCAAACAUCUUAGCACCUUUUGACAACCCAACAAAAACUUGGGCUUAAAGACUUCCAUCUAUAUAUAUUUACCACCUAGUUAACCCACCUCCCCAUAGAUACACUCAAUCCAUAUACUCUAACCCAUACACUCGAAAUCCUGCCGUACGCAUCGCCAUAUCUUCCAACAACCACACGGUUCUCUUCCUUUACCCCCUUACACAGUCAAAAUACAUUUGGGAGUCAUUUUUCUCUCACGACGGCCUACUUCUCCCAUACACAACGCUCAAAGUAUCGCUCUUAUAAAUGCGGAAUCGAUAGCCCACAAAAUAUCCUAACUUAGAACUUUUGCCGCAAUAUGUAACCCCGAUAUAAUUUGCAUAAUUGAAACAUGGAUAAAUGUACUAAUAUCAAAUGCUUGGCGGGUUGUCCCAAAUUCUAAUUUCUAUCGACGAGACGUGCUGAUAAAUGAGGCGGUGGCAGUCUGACCUCCAUUAAAGCUACCGUUGAACAAAGUCCUGAUGUGCCAACCGAAACCUUCGCUACAGAAGCGUGCUUUGUUGCAACAAAAUCUCAGACCCACGAAAACAUACUAGCUGAAUGCUUCUACUCAACUCCCAAAUAUGAUGCUCGUCCAGACAACUAUGAUCAGCCAUCUGGGAUAUGCAAACGUACGAUACGACCAGCUCCAAGGGACUGCCCAAUUAAACUGAGAACCAGCAACCAGUGGACACCCGAAUUCGAUCAACCCGAAGAUAGUUUCAAAGUCAGGCCGUUGCCAAAGUUCUUCAAGAUCCACGAAAGGCGACAUACUUACGACCCCAGAAACUACCAAACUUCAAUUUUCAAUCUCCAUAUUGUAAAUAUCUUUCUUUUUUCUAACUUUUGCUAUUAUUCUACCUUAGAAAUCAGGUUUUUAACUUAAAACAAACCCCAAAUUCGCGCUCUAUUGAUUAAGCAGACACCCCAAAUAAAUGAAUUUGAAGGACAGACAAAAUGAGUGAGAUGGGUUUAGAUUUUUCUCGUGUUUAAAGGAGACUGACAGCCUCCGAGAGGUGGUAUAAUAAACCUAUUCAUGCUCAUUGCGUUUCGGACCGUUCUCUUACAGUGCUCUGAAGGUACCCAUUUCCCAAUGUCCUAGUCAUUUUUGUACGUAUGUUUUUUGACGUAAAUCACUCCUUAUAUUAUGCCCAAAAUUCUAAAAUCCUGUUUCUAUGUCUACUAUUUUAACCCCACGAAAUAGCAUUCCCCUUCGUGGGUCCUGUCCAAACAUGUUUUAUACAAUACUGCCCCUUCAGUUUGUGGUAACAUCUCCGAAAAUUUCAGACUACAGCUAUUUUGCUUCCUCCCCUUUACUUCCUCCCUACUACUUAAUUUUCCAUGGCCAACUUUUCCUUUUUAUAAGUAGUAAUAAGCGAAACCUACAUCUCAGGAAUACGCUCAGUAUAGUUUCUCUCAACCCGAGGUCAGUCGUGCAAAAGAUGGCACAUAUAAGAAUUGUGGCCUUUGAGGUUGACCUCGAUGUUUUGUGCAUCACAGAAUCUUGUACUCACUUUCUAAUUUCCGAACCAGCCCUCGCUAUAGAUAGUCUCAGCUUAUACCGACAAGACCUUGAUGACAAACGUGGCGGUGGCUGCCUUCUUUACAUCCGAGCCUCACUUGCACAUUUGCCUUAUGACCUGAAAAUUUCUUCCUUCUCUGGAAAUUUAUGUUUCGCCUCGGUAAUCCUCCCAGAAAAUAGGAAACUCUUAGUCGGAUAUGUAUAAAAUCCUCCUUCUUUCUCCGGAAAUGUAGGCCAACUCUGUGAACUCUUUGAAAGAAUCGCAGAGACUUCCUUCGAUUAUCGUAGAUUUUAAUUUGUCAGAAAUUGACUGGCGCACAUAUACUUCCUCUCCUAAAUUCCAGAAACUUCUAGACAUCAUUCGCCUUUCAAAAUUGUGUCAAUUACUCCACUAUUCUACCAAGAACGAUGGUGUAUUAGAUUUAAAUUUACUAAUGGCAUCUUCCCUCCAUCAAUGGAUUUCAAUCGUGACCUUUUUGCAAGUGAUCAUGCAUUAAUUCAUUGUCGCCUUUCAUUUGCCAUUUCCACAAAGCCAACAGUACAACGUAGCAUUUUUGACUUUGCUAUUAUUAACAAGGAAUUAGUAAAUACUUUUACAAGCACUCUUGAUUGGCACAAAAUUAUUUAAAAUAAUGAUUUAAAUUUAUUCAAGAAGUUAUUACAGUACGUAACAGAAGAUCUUCUAGACCUAAUUCCACAGAAUCCGCUUAAAUCGAGUCCUAUUUCCCCGAUAUCCCACGUUUUCUUAAAAACAGACAAAACUCUACGGAAUCAGCUAAAAGAUCCUUCUGCGAGCUCAUUUUCAGUUCACAUAUGAAUCGUUGAAAUAUUUGAAUUAGCUUCGAAAAUGGGACUCACGUGAGAUAGGCGUAGAGAGUUUGUAGCUAGUGAUGCCACGAAUACUUCUUAAUCAGCUGCUCAGAUCUUCCGUUAAAGAUUAUCUGCUAAAUCCCACCAAGUCAUUUGGCCUUUGCUUAGUACCAAUGAUACCUUCAUAACUGAGGAGUCAGCGAAAGUAGAGAUGCUAUAUUCACUCUUUGCCAAACAUUUUACCAUCAAAACUGACCAAAUCCCAUCAAUUCCUCCGUUGUCUGAUGCAUUCCUCAGCAUCAUUAAUUUCUCUUCUGAAACAAUUCAAAACCGAUAAACCAUCUUACUAACUCCCACUCAGUAGGUACGGACAAUAUUCCGGACUCUCUUAUAAAACAGCCAAGAGAUUUUCCUCCUCUGCAUAGCAAACACUUUUCCGUCUUUCUCGAGAAUGGUUUCUUUCCUGAUGAUCGGUGAACUUCUGUUAUUAUUCCAGUAUUUCAAUCUAGCUGUUCUUCUGAUGUUCAAAACUAUCGAUGUGUCCAUAAAACGCCUCUCAUCAAAAUCUUUAAAAAAUGGUUGCCAUGAAAAUUACUGACUUUUGCAUAGCCAAUCAAGUUAUUAUCUCUUCCCAGCAUGGCUUUUUACCCGAUCGCUCUUGUGAAACGUGCCAAAUGUCGUUUCUUAAUCUACUAACUUCUCUUCGUAAUGACCAUGUAUAUAUUGUUAUUUAUUUUGAUCUCAGUAAAGUCUCUGAUAAGGUGCCAAAUAGAAGACGCUUGAUUAAAUUAAAGGCUCUGAGAAUUCACAGUUCUCUUAUAGAUGUUAUCAAGCCAUACCUGUCUAAUCGUAAACAAAAGCUUUUGUGGGAUCUUCAUUCUCCAAUGAGAGCCCUAUUACAAGUGAUGUCCAAAAAGGUACCGUUCUAGGUCCUCUUUUGUUCCUGCCGUACAUAAAUGAUAUCUUGUCGGUAUUUAAACAUUCUUAACCAUUUAUUUAUGCCGACGAUCUCAAAUGUGUAUAUUCAUUCAAUAAAUCUACGAGUUUUCAUUGCCUGGAGCAAAUCCAUGCUGACUUGCCUGCCCUCUCAGCAUGGAACUCAAAAUGGCUAAUGCAAUUCUGUCCAUCUAAAUGUCGCUAUAUGUGUUUUGGACCUGAUAGGCUACCACAUCCAGCAGUCUUUCAAGAGACACCUAUGAUUAAUGUGCCGCCAUCAAGGACUAAGGUUUAAGUUACUACAAUAAGCUGGAUCUCUCGUCCCACGUCGACGUAAUUCCGGCCAAAACUGCCCACAUUUGUGGCUUUAUUUCUCACAAUUCCUACCUUCCUGAAAUUAAGUUAAGACUUUAUCGAAUGUUUGUGUUUCCCAUCCUCGAGUAUUGCUGUCCAUUCCUUGGUUCGAUGAACGACGCCAGUCGUUCAAAAUCAAAAAUGCUCAAAUACAUUUUACCAGGAGACUCUCAAGCAUGGUACAUCCAAAUAUUUUCUACUCAGAUAGAUGCCAGAUAACCAACCUAAAAUUUUUAUGGGCUCAAAGACUGGAAGUAGGCUUCUGUCCCCCUUUCGCAUUAAUUUUAGGUCAAAUCUUCCCUGAAUUUCAGCCCUCACCCCUUAUAUUCGUCCAUACGAUCUUCGUAAUUCUUCUCUGAUUAUACCUCCUCCCGCUUCCUCCACCUCUAAGCGCUCUAUUUUUUGUGUUCAGGUAUACUGUCCUCUGGGAUAACCUUCCACUAAAUAUAAGAUCAUCAGAUAAUCUGCAUACUUUAAAAGAAGGCUGCGCCUUUAUCUGAAUAUUGACUCGAUCGAGCUUUUAUUCUCCUAAUCCUUCCCGGAUAACUUUUUCUAUGACAUUGAGGAAGGGCCGUUGAAAAUUUAGGGUGUCAACGACAAAUUACCGUAUCCACUCUCAUUUCCUUCUCUGCGUGUGGUUUCGCCUUCUAGGCUUUCCCAUCGGAAAUUUUGAUUUGUUCGAUUUUUCGGUCAACGUGACGUGUCCUUCAGGGGACGCUAGGUCAUCCCUUGCGAAUCCUCCCAAAGACUUGGCAGGGCCAGGUUGACGUGCACGCUCUAAGCUGCCUCCCUCUUGCUAAUCACCGAUCCUCAUCAGAAAUUCACUCCCACCCCCCGAGAUUUCGAGCUCUUGCCCCCAAUCGAUGAUUCUCGCGGGUCUUAAUAUCAUCUCAUGGACGACCCCAAGUGAUCUGCCGAUGAUCAUGACGGAUUCUUCUGUUUUCGCCAUUUGCUAGGGAUUUGGUUGGUCAGCAAAGAGGUUUCACGGUCGCAUUUCUCCUCUACACCUUGAAUAUCGCCCCAGCCCUUAACAGAACAGAAUAGAAUAGGCUUAAUAGGGCACCUCUCGGGCACUGUUAGUCUCCGUUGAACACAGGUAAAAACCUAAACCAAACACAUCCAAUUCGACAUCCUCGACCCCAUUCUUGCCAACGACCCGUACACCCAGUUAAAGAAUGCCGUCAUCCAGAGAGUGGCCAAGUCGGCCAAUCGGAUGCUACGGGAGUUGUUCACACAGGUAGAACUGGGUGAUCAAACUCUUUUGCAGCUAAUGCGCCACAUGCGUUCAUUGCUGGCCGGUAGUCAUAUGGACGACGACAUCUUUCGACAAAUCUGGUUGGAUAAAUUGCGGGUUCCCACGCAGCAGGUUUUGUCUAUGGUGGACAUUAGCAUCUCUCUAGACAAAAUGGCCAAUCAUGCCGACAGGGUCAGUGAAUGUUACCCAGUCGGCGCGACAUGCGCCAAUAUUCAACUGGUCUCGACUCCCGACAGAUCUGAUAGAGUAGCCAUUCCCUGUCCAGAAGGUACUCCUUCACCAGAACGCCACACUUCUCAUGUGGAGCGGUCAGCCUGUCGUUGCUCAUAAUGCAGAGCCACCACGCCAUCAGGUCCAUCAAGACAGCCGAACAGUCCUUACCGAGGCGACUAUAACGACCUAAUCGAAACUGUACGUCUUUUGUGCACGCAAGUGAGCACCAUAUGCACUGCUAUAAAUAGCUUACAGUCGGUCAGAAACCAGUCAUCCUCGCGCCAUCGCCCUAGAUCUCGCGAACGCCCUUCUACAACUCUGUGCUGGUAUCAUCGUAUUUACCGUCCUAAAGCACGCAAAUGCAUUCCUCCCUUCACAUACCUGCAGGCCUCACCACAGGGAAACAACCGCGCCAGCCAGUAACGGCGACACCUGCCGCUGGCCAGUCACGACCCAGUCGCCUCUUUUGUAUCAGUGACAAGUCGAGUGACCUCCGUUUCCUUGUCGAUACUGGUGCCGAGAUCAGUGUCAUCCCGCCUUCAAGGCGUCACCAUUUCAAGCCUUCGCAGUUUUCAUUGCAGGCUGCCAAUAGCACCACCAUCAACACUUACGGCCAACGGUCGCUCACAUUUGACAUCGGUAUUCGGCGACGUUUCCAUUGGGUCUUUCUGCAGGCCGACGUCAAAUCUCCCAUUACUGGGACAGAUGUCCUGACGCAUUUUAGCCUUGCAGUCGACCUCAAGCAUCGCAAACUUGUCGACACCACAACCACACUCUUUACCACUGGCAUUGCUGCUUCUGAACCCUCGGUUAGCAUCCAAUUGACCGUACGAAGCUCGCCUUUUGCUGACAAUUUGAAGGACUACUCGUUCCUCAAUAAGCCCUGUCAGCUGACUGAGGAGGUUCAGCAUACGGUUAAACAUCACAUCGUCACCACGGGACAACCUGUUUACGCUCAUCGUCGCCGUCUUCAUCCCGAAAAACUUCGGAUAGCAAGGAACGAAUUGAGCAUAUGA